CCGGCCUGGAGGGUGUGGAAGUUCACGCCCUGCUCCAGGACCUGCGGCGGAGGACAGCAGCAGACGGUGUACAUCUGUACGGGCGUGGGCGGCACCGUACUGACAGAGGACAGGUGCCAGGCGCCCAAACCACCCCCACAGACAGUGCAUUGCAACCCACGACCCUGUCCGCCCGAGUGGCAGUUAGGUGAAUGGUCUCAGUGCUCCGUCACCUGCGGCACGGGCCUCAUGAAAAGAACUUGGGCAUGCGUCCAGGAGGUCACCCCUACCCUCAUCCGAGCUGUACCACCUGCCACCUGCCCUUCACCUGCUCUGCAAGCGAUGGUUCCCCUGACGCAGCCUUGUACUAUGGCCCCGUGCACGCGCUGGGAGGUCACGGCGUGGAGUCAGUGCUCCGUGGAGUGUGGCACUGGCCUCAAGUCCCGCCAGGUCACGUGUCGAGCGGAUGGCCGCAGAGUGCCAGAUGACCAGUGCAACGUCCAGGAGAAACCGCCCAAGCAGGAGCUGUGCCACGGUCACACCUGCGCCCACCACACCUGGUUCUACACGGACUGGUCGGAGGAGUGCACGGGCGGGUGCGAGGACGGCGUGCAGACCCGCCGCGUGUGGUGCUCGCCGGGCGUGAACUCCGUGGAGGGCGAGUGCGACGAGGCGCAGCGGCCGGCGGAGAGCAGGUUCACGGGGCCCUGGACGCCGUGUUCCAAGGAAUGCGGGAACGGGACUUCAACGCGAGAGGUCGUGUGCGUCGUGUUCCUCAGCGGGACGUUCAGGGCGACGCUUGACAUUGAGUGCAACCCUGAAUCUCGCCCGAACAGCACUCAACCUUGCAACCCUGAUGUGUGUCCGCCGCAUUGGUAUUACACCGAUUGGUCUCCGUGUUCGCGGACGUGUGGUCGUGGAGCAAGCACAAGAGCCGUGCAGUGUCUCGACCAGGACCAGAGACCCUCCACUCGCUGCAUAAUCUCACAGAAGCCGCCAAUCACUCGUACUUGCAACGGGCCGCCGUGUGUUGGGCCCUUGGGUACUAAAUAUACAGAACGGAACUGCGUCGACCGCUUCAUGAACUGCAAGCUGGUCCAGCAAGCUCGCCUCUGUCGCUACUCCUACUACCGAGCCGUCUGCUGUGCUUCCUGCUUCUUACAGUAACUCCAGAGGGCCUUUUUAGCACCUGCAGAUCGUGGUUCUUCCUUCCGUGUGUUCUAGAGUCUGCAAAGAACGCUGUGCUGAACGCGCUCAUAGAAACGUUUCUGACAUAGUGGUGUACAUCAAAUUCUAUCGUGAACAUACAUUUAAAUCGGAUUUUUUUUUCAGUAUAUAAUCUUGAGCAAUGUCAGGGACUUGGGAGGGGGGAGGGGAAUCCUGUGAAAACACCUGUGUCUUGUAAAUAAACCAAGAAGAACAGCUGCAUAACACCUCUAUCUUGCCAUUCUUGAGUAAUAAGUACCUAUUAUGUGCCAUUCUUGCGUGCAGCGACAACCACGCACCUGUACACCUUUACGAAAUAUCUGUCUGUCAACCAUUAGGAACAUCUGUAAUGGACUUACACCUAACCUUUCUAACCGAACAGAUGCACAUCAACAGGACAGCAAGACUUUUUUCUUAUUAUUAUUUUCUUAUGACUACAUCACAUUUUGUAAAACAUUCUGUGUUCCUAAGUAUAAACGAGACAAAUUUUACAUCAACACUGAUAUAGGCUCUCUAUAUGAUAAUUUUUUUUUAUAUAUUUCUAUAACCCUUCUCCAUGAAAAUAAUCAUUAAAACAAUAACAACAAUUAAACAAAAAUAUCUUACUAAUGGAGCUUAAAACGAUACUCUUUUUUGUUUCCUUAAGAGAUCCAACUUUGUCAUAACUGUGAUCCUCUUUUUAACUAUAUAUUUUUUUUCUCUCUCUCUUUCUUUAAGUUUAUGUCAACAAUGUCGUGUUAAGUUGCAGUAAUAAUGUGAUGUAAUGACCCAAGGUAACAUGUAACAUGGUAUAUUAAUAUAUGUAUAACAAAGAA